CAAGACAAGGUUCAGCAGACUCAACAUUUACAGCAUUUUGUUACUAGUAAACGGUGCAACUACAAUGAUGACAUCUUUAGUCAACAAGUAUUAUCAAAUGGCAGCUUACAGCGCUAUAUUUGGACUUACUCUGGGCGGAAGCUUAAGCCUUUCGUCCAUAGUAUUGGUGGAUCUGUUGGGUAUGGAUAAACUUAACAACGCAUAUGGGAUUUUCUUGCUUGUUACAGGCAUAUCUACAUUUAUUGGAACUCCUCUCACAGGUGUUUUCCGCGAUAUGACUGGCGAUUAUGACUUAGGUUUCUGGGUAGCAGGAGGAAUAGUUGUUCUUGGAAGCGCACUGCUUUUUACAAUUCCUUCUAUUCAAAGAAGAUUUCCCCAGUGAAAUAUCGCAGUUAUAUCGUAUCUCAACAUAUUAUUCAAGAAUUCGAACUCAAGAAUUUCGAUUCGUCAUAAUUUCUC